AUGGGUAAUUUAUUUUCUCGAAAUAAGGAAACAUUAAUAACAACAACAGAUGAAGAUGAUCAAUUUUUUGAUUGUUUAAAUGACGAUGAAACACAUAAUGAAACUAAUACACAAAUAAUUUCACAUUAUUAUGCAGUUUGGAUUCCAUCAAAUGUUGAAAUUACUGAAAAUCAAUUUAUCUUUGAUGAUAUGAAAAGUGCAUUUACACUUUGUAAAAAAUAUAGUAAACAUAAUAGUCGAGUGAAAAUAUUUGCUAAUCGUAAUGACGCAGAAAGUUUUAUUGAACAAAGUCGAAAUACUACAACAGAUACUAAUGAUCUUAAUAUGUCAAUUGAGCAGGUGACGAAAUCAGGAAGUAAUGAUGCAGAAAAAUUACCAUAUAGUGAUGUACCAACAUCUGAAUUAACAAAACUUUAUAAUCUUGUUGAAAAAGGUGAUGAAAAAGAAUUCGAACGAUUAGUUUGGACAAAUCCUCGGUAUUUAAUAAGUAGUGGUGAUUCACCAACAAUUGUUAAAAUUUCAGUUCGAUAUAAUAGUAUGCAUGUUGCUUCAUUAUCUGGUCAAGCGGAAAUAAUUCGUAUAUUAAUAAAAACAAUAAAAAAUGUUCAUUUUAUUCGUCGUCUUUAUGUUAAUGAUACCGAAGAACAAACACAAAAACGUAUACAAUUUAUUCUUGAUAUGUAUUUAAAUACACCAGAUAAAAUGCAAAAUGAAACUCCACUUCAUCUUGCAUCAAAAUUCGGACAUUAUGAUGCUGUUUGUGCUUUACUUGACGAAACAAGUUGUAGUAGAGAUGCAGUAAAUAAAGCUGGUUCAACUGCACGAGAAAUUAUUUGUAGUCGAGCAAAAGAUAAAUCAAAAGAAAAGAAAAUUCAUCAAUUAUUUGAAUCUACAUAUUAUAUUCCGAUAUAUAGUCGAAAAAUAACCAUGGAAAAGAUUAUUUCAAAACCAAUCGAUGAAACAGCAUUUAAACCAUUUCUACAUACUAUUCAACAAGCUUUAUCAAAUUUACCAAUUGAAUGUGAUAAUGAUACGAUAUUAAUUGCCUUUGCUGGUCCAACUACUUAUGAAAUAUCAAUGAAAUUCUAUACAUCAGUAUCCUCUUCAACACGUGGUCAAGCUCGUCGUACUCAAAAUUUUCUAUCAUCACCUAAAAGUCCUAUAUAUAUUGUUCGUAGUGAUGCUGAAAAAGGUUGGGAACGUAUUGCACGAACAUAUGCAUUAGAAACUUAUUCAAUAAAUUGGUGUGAAUAUUGGUCAUUUCUUGAUACAUACAUAAAUUUAUCGUCAAAUGAUGGUCUUCGAUUAUUAGAAUAUUAUCUUCAACAACGUAUAUUACAUUCUCAAAUAUUAAAAACAAUUGAUCAAUUUGAAAAAUUUUCAAGUCAUUAUUUUUCCAUUGAAAAAAAAGAUAUAUCAAAUGAAAAUGAUUUAAUACUUAAUUCUAUAUCACAAUUAAUUCAACUAUUUUAUACAUUAAUUGAUCUAUUUAAUUUAAAUGAUUUAGUAUUAAAUCGUAAUUAUCGUCAUCAUCUUGAAUUAAGUGGUUUCGAGAAUCAACCAAAUAAUGAAUUGAAUUCGAUUAAAACUAAUAUUAUUAAUCAAUUACAAUGGUUAUCAACACAAAAUCAAAAGAUUUUAUCUUUAUUUACUCGUCCAUUACUUAAUAGUUUAACAAUGGUAUUUACAUUAAUUAUAAGUCCAUCAGGUUGUGCUUUAAUUGAUCAAAUACAACAAAACCAAUAUGAAUCACAUCGAUAUCAACAAAAAAUUCGUCCAGCAUCACGACUUAGUCUGAUUGGACUUGUUUGUCCAAAACGACGACAAUCACGUCGUUCAUAUAAACCUGUUAAAGAUCAACAAAUCAUUCGAUCAAAAUCUUGGCCUGAUUUAUCCUUACCAAUGGAAUCAUCAACGAUUCGACGAUAUCAUUCACAAAUUGAACUUAAUCAAAAUAAUAAUAAUUAUUCAUCAUCAACUUUAUUAAAUGAAACAACAAGAAAAUCUAUUAAUGAUUUAACACAACGAUCAAUUUCAAUAUCAAGUACCCCACCCAUGUUUUCAUCUCAAACUAGUGUUGAUAUAUUAAAAGAAGAUAAAGCAAAAAUUGAUAAAUGGCAUUAUUUUCUUGCUGGAUCUCAACCAACAAAACUUGAUGCACAUGUUGUACGUGCCAUUGAUUUAAAUAAUUCAAUAAAUUUAACAAAUCAACCACAAUAUCGUCUUUGGCCAAAAUGGUAUCAAGCUGUUCAAUUACGUCCAAUUGAAGAACAAAAUUUAUGGACAACACCAAUACGAAAUUCAUCGCCAUCAAAUCGAAAGAUACUACGUCCUGGUGAAAAUCAAUCAUCUACUUUAUUGAAAAUGGUAACUCGACAAGCGUUUAAGAGAAAAAUAAAUAAUCGUGAACAAUCACCGGUGCUAACACAAGACAAAAUCUUGAAGACAAAACGAACCAAAAAGUGA